CCAAGAAUAUCUAUAAAUUACUAAAAAGAGAACUAGAUCUGUUUAUUAGUAGGCGUACAUAUGACGCAACAACUGAAACAGACGAGUGUAAGGCACCAUAAUUAUUAGCGAUUUCAGUCUUUUCGAAUACCGUGUGUGUGAGGGCAACUCUACACAUUUAGCGUAAUGAGGUCGAACCCAUACUGCAUAAAGCUAUUGAUGUCAGCCUUGCUUGCAGUUAGUCGAUUUCUUUCUUUUAUAUUGCACAUCUUUAAAUUUCGAGAAAGAAGGAAGCGUAGUGGUGUCAUACCAGUCGCCAUUAACGUGCAAGAGAGAGAGAGACGACAUAAUUUUGGAUUGUGUAUAGUUAUAGAAAUCAGCCAUGGCGUAUUCAGAACAACAAUCUCAGCUUUUAGAUCAAGAAAUUUGUGGACACGAAAAACUCAGCAUGAUAUGAAUGAAAUAUUAACUGACGAGCAAUUGGAAGCGCUUCUGAACGACAGUAAUGCCGAAUUAUCUGAUGGGGAAGAUGACGAAUUUUCAUUUUUGACUGGAGAUUUUCCUGUUGAACCUGAAGCCAAUGAUGAAGAUAAAGCAACAGUAGAUGAGACUGUGGAUUCUUCUGAAGAAUUAGACGAUAGAAAUGAUCCCCAAGACGAAAUUCUUGUUCCACAACAUCUGCCAGUGCGAUCUAUGAAGUGGAGGAAGAAUGAAAUGCCGUAUUCGAAUCCUUGUGAGAGCGAAAUCCAUCUUCCAGAUUAUGAAGAAGAGAGAGGAAUUUUUGAAUCUUUCUUGGAAUACCUUCCUCUGACAUUCUGGGAAGAACAUGCACAACAAACCAAUUUGUAUUCAGUUCAAAAACGACAACAUAAAUCUGUUAACACCAGUGAAGAAGAAAUGUUGCAUUUAGCUGGAAUACAUGUUGUUAUGGGAGUUCUGGGCUAUGCACAAAGUAAGCUGUACUGCCAGCAAGAUACUCAGGUUACAGUUAUUGCUAAGUGUAUGACAAGAGACCGUUUCUAUGAACUGAGAAAUUAUAUGCAUUUUGUGGAUAACACAAGUGAGCACAACGAGAAGCUUUGGAAGGUAAAACCUUUUCUUGAUUGUGUGCAGAAGAAGUGUCUGACCCUUCCAAGAUCACAUCAUCUUUCCAUUGACGAACAGAUGGUGCCAUUUUCUGGUAAAUGUGGCUUUGUGACUUACGUACCAUUAAAACCUAAUCCAUUAGGUUUAAAAUGCUUCAUUCUGGCUGCACCUGAUGGCCUUCAUGUUUUAUGCUGGGUCAGGUACUGUGUCAGCUGAAGAUAUGAAAGAAUAUGGUCUCAGUGCAGCAGUUGUUAAGAUGACAGAAAGUGUUCCUAGAGACAACCAGCAUUGUGUAUACACUGAUAGAUUUUUCACAAGUGUAAAAUCUGUAGACAUGUUGCUGGGAAGGAAAAUUUAUCAGACAGGUACAGUUAUGAAGAACAGAUUGGGUCCAAUAGUGAAGAAACUGAAAAAUGACAUGCUAUUUCAACAGGGGGGAUGGGAAGAAUGGGUUAGGGAAGAUGAUAAAAUUUGUCUUAUUAAGUGGAAAGACAACAAAAGUGUCCUGAUACUCUCAUCAUGUGUUGGAAGCAGCCCUCCAACCACAUGUAAGAGGUGGUCAAGAGAACAGAGAAAGAAGAUAGAUGUUCCUCAGCCAGUGGCAGUGAAGCUUUAUAAUGAAAACAUGGGAGGUGUUUAUCUCUGUGAUAGAUUUUUGUCAUAUUACAGAUGCUACAUUCACACAUCAAAAUGGCCUGUAAGAAUGUUUAAUCAUUUUAUAGAUCUUGAGAUUGUCAAUUGUUGGGUGAUGUACCACAGAUGGUGCUCAGAAAAUGAAAUACCCAAACAAAGAAGGUUGUCACUGAUGGAUUACAAAAUGCACGUAGGCAAAGCUAUGAUUAAUUACGAAUAUGUUGAGCCUGUAGCUAGAAGAAGAGGACGCCCUUCAGUAGUCAAUUCCUCUGAUAGUGAAGAUGUAGAUGAUGUACAAAAUAUGGAUAAAAAGCCAAGAAGAGUUCUGUCACAACCAACUGCAGAAGUUAGGUUUGACAAUGUAGUCCAUUUACCAAAAUUAGUUGAGGCAAAGAAUGCCCCAAAAUACAGGAAUCAUGGCUGCUUUUUACUGAGGAAAAGAGAGAAAAAUGUAAUCAAAGACAAGUACAUUAUCAUGAUAACUGUGGACCUCCAUUUAUGCCCUAGUGAAUAACCAUUUUUUUUCCUUUGGCAUAUGUGUCAUGCUUGUAUACUAGUUUGUUGGAAAAUAUGAAAAGAAAAAUUUCCUGUAAAUUUUUUUCGUCUCAGGAGUGAAGAGAUUACCGUAAGACUUUUUCGGCUUUGUCUCAGCCAUUUUCAGAGGAAUCUUAUGAUGUGCAGCUGGAUAACGUAACAGUCUACACUGGGCAUAAACAGGUUAACAAUGUUUAGUGAGAAUUUUUGAACAGUGGAAAAGUCAGCACGGCUGAAGGAGAAAAACAGUUUUUUUUUUUAAUUGCCAUCAUCUGCCAAUGAUAAGGAUAACAAGAUAUAAAGUAAAAAGGAACAAUGUACUGCCAUCUCAAUACUGUCCGACAUGCUUAUGUGUAUACACGGUGGCCAGAACCAUGUGAUGACCUUUAAACUUUCAUUUGCGGGAUGACUGCUGUGUUCUCUGGAGUUUAGCUGGUCUUUGAAACAUUCAGGUGCAUCACAUUCCUCCUACUUUUCUACUAUAGCAUGAAUGCUCCUGCAUUUUCUUUAUAUGUCCUCCUUUCCCACUUUUUUUGAAAUUUUUAUUCUUGGCUUAAAAAAUAAUAAAUUCAUUUUCAUGUUUUGAGUUGUACUCUGUUUGCCAAAAUUUCAAAAAUGUAGUGUAGUGUAGUAGUACUUAUUAUUAUUGCUAGAUGGCAGCAUCAAUCCAUUUACAAGUAACAAAAUGUUUUGAAUGUUAAACACACUGCAUAAAUCUGUAUUGCUGGACAGAUUAGCAUCCUUGAGCAUAAUGUCACCAUAAGCCCACAGUUACCGUUUGAGUUAUUUUGGUGAGCUCAAGAUGACAUCUCUACCAACAGUGCAGAACAAUGUGUUGGGCACACAUGUAUAUUUAAGCAAUGGCUGAACAAUGAUGUAUUUAUUUAAUCACUAUCUGAUUAUCUUAUUUUCAUGAUCUUGCAUGUGUGUAAAUUGUAUGAACACACAGUGUUAAAAAGUGUGAAGUAAUUAAAACUUUCUGUAAAGUUUUAUGAGUUUU